UAUUUCGCUGCGCGUCCUGAGAUUCCGCCCCAGGGCCGGCUCCGGCUGGGUUGGCUUUCCUGCCGCCGUUUGUCCCUCGCGAAGCCCCGUUGCCCGCCCGGGAGGCGUGACUAGGGGCUGGAAGCAGGCGGGCCGCGGAGCCGUGGGCCCGGGCUGCCGCUGUCAUGGACGCCUGGGUCCGCUUCAGUGCUCAGAGCCAAGCCCGGGAGCGGCUGUGUAGGGCUGCCCAGUAUGCCUGUUCCCUUCUCGGCCAUGCUUUGCAGAGACAUGGGGCCAGUCCUGUGUUACAGAAGCAGAUUCGACAGCUGGAAGGUCAUCUGAGUCUUGGAAGAAAGCUGCUCCGCCUGGGUAACUCGGCAGACGCGCUCGAGUCGGCCAAAAGAGCUGUGCACCUCUCCGACGUUGUCCUGAGAUUCUGCAUCACUGUUAGUCAUCUCAACCGAGCCUUAUACUUUGCCUGCGACAAUGUUCUGUGGGCCGGGAAGUCCGGACUCGCUCCCCGCGUGGACCAGGAAAAGUGGGCACAGCGUUCAUUCAGGUACUACCUGUUCUCCCUCAUCAUGAAUCUGAGCCGCGAUGCUUAUGAGAUCCGCUUACUGAUGGAGCAAGAGACCUCAGCUUAUGGCCGGCGAAUGAAGGUUUCUGGAGUCCCAGGAGGAGUUGAGACUGGGGGACCUGGAGGAUCAGGGACUCCAGAGGGGUGCCUGCCACAACUAGCUCUGAAGUUUCGGCUCCGGGUCCUGCUCCUGGCACGUGUCCUUCGAGGUCACCCCCCUCUUCUGCUGGAUGUGCUCAGAAACGCCUGUGACCUCUUUAUCCCACUGGACAAACUAGGCCUCUGGCGCUGUGGCCCUGGGAUUGUGGGCCUUUGUGGCCUCAUAUCCUCCAUUCUGUCUAUUCUCACCCUAAUCUGUCCCUGGCUACGACUCAAGCCCUGACAUUAUGAUACAAGAUAAGGAGGGAGCUCAAUUGGUGAGAUGGAGUUUUAGAUUGUCCCCAUGUGGCAUCCUCAUCCUAAUGUGACUCCUUAAUUGAAGUUAGAUCCAGAUACUCAGGAAUGAGGGGAGAACCUUGCCAAAGACGAGGUCAGGAAGGCGAUGUCGCUGGAAAGACUCCAGCAUGCCUCGAGAGGCGUUUGGGCUUCUCUGUCAUUGCCCGAAUCUCUUUGCUCUCUUCCUUUUUAUCUGCCUUGAGUCUGGUUAAGAAUUUGUCACCAAAAAAAAAAAAAAAAAAGAAUUUGUCACCAUGCGGCAGAAUUGUCUUUCUUAGUCCCCUAUCUGAACACUUAAACAGAAUUCCUUCUUGGUAGGAGAAGCACACGUUUUGAGUAGUAAAGUGCUAAUUGCAUUCUUUUUCUGAAGCAGCAUGGAGCAUAGUGUUUUUCCUUCACACUCCAUGAUUUCAUGUCCCAGCAGACUCUUCCCUCAUAUCUCUGCACCGAAGGCCAUUUGACACUUCUCCCCUGUGUCUACCUCACCAGCCUCCUUCCUGAUUUGGCACUGACCCUUCUCUCCUCCAUACCUUCCCGUGUCUGCUAACACUUUGAUAUUAGAGUUCCUCCUCUCCUGGCUCUGCCCUUUCUUUAACUGUCCAGGUUGAUGCUGUGUCUGGCCUCUCACUGUAAAUACUGUACAAUGAAUCUCUGUAAAUAGCUGUGGUCCAUGCCCACAGUGCAGGCAAGCCUUCCAGGUCAGCACAUUAAAGAUCGGUUUGCUCACUGA